GACGACCACAUCGAGGCGAAGGCCAAGGCAGCCGAGAAGCCGUCUCUCCAGAUCGCCCGAGCUGAUGAAGAUGCCGAGGUGGAUGAGGCUGCAAGGCAGGAAGAACUCGAAAAACGAGCAAGACGCUCCGAUGUUCCCCCCGCGAUCAUGGAAAAGGCCAAGAUCGCCCAGAAGAAUCGAAAAUACGGCGAGCUUCUGCAGCUCUUCGCUGAGUGUGGAGAGAACUGGUCCGAGUGCCGGAUAAGUUCUACAUCUUCUACGGACGACACGAGAGCUGUGGUGGGGGGACAGACGUACAAACGAUACAAAGACUUGGUAUCUGAACACGGAAAGGAGAACGCAGAUCGGCUUAGGGCCGAGAAGAAGGCCAAACAAUCCGCCCUGGGUGACGCCUUCGAAAAU